GCGGUUCUUGGUUUCGUAUUUUCCCCCGCGUGAGGCCGCGUGCUUCGUCUUACUGCGCCUUGUUUCUUCCUUCUGUCUUUUGCUAUGUUGCAUACAAAUGGCUGCGUUAGUAGCAGCCUUGCCGAUGUAUUUCCCUCGAUACCUCUUCAAGAUCUUACUGUUAACGGAUCCAUCAACGGACCACUAAUUGGAGUGAACGGCCUCGGAGGUGUCGACAUCGCAUCCCGAAUCAAGUAUCUCGGCCUCAAUCUUUCAUCCCAGUUGGGACCUACAAGCCCCGCGGACAGUUCCUUUUUUAAUGAGGACAGAUCGCGUACUAAUUUGAUCAUUAACUACUUGCCCCAAAGCUAUGAUCAGAACGAUCUUCAACGCUUAUUUGAAAGAGUUGGUCCUAUUAGACAGUGCAAGCUUAUAAGAGACAAGAACACUGGGGCUAGUUUGUGUUAUGGAUUUGUCGACUUCGUCAACCCCCAGCAUGCUGCCUUAGCUAUUCAGACUUAUCAUGGGUACGAGACGGAACAAAAGCGCCUGCGUGUCGCUUACGCCAGCUCAGGCGGUCGUCGAUUCACUCCUAAUCAUCGCUUACCGGCCUUAAACAUUGGCAACAUGUCAGGCUGUCUGGGUUCAGAUGUAACAAACGAAAACAUAAUAGGAUGGGAAGUAUUCGUCGUGGGAAUACCUCUUGAGUGGACCGAACCAGAUCUUUUGGUAUGUUAUUUUUCAUCAAUUGCAUUUUUAGCGCCUGUUUACCAAUUUUGGGAAUGUUGUGCUCAUUCGAUUACUUGCACCGCAACUAUCUGAGUCGCCUCCUAGUCACAAACCUAGGUUAAACUCACCGGUGAUGAAUGGCAUCACAGGCGAAUUGAAUCAAGAGUCCGUAGAUUGCACUCGUCUUACCACCACCGCUUCAGUGAUUUUUGAGGAGAAAUCCAGGUAGACCAUCUUUUAUUCUCUAACAUUUUAGCGCUGAGCAAUCUGUAUUACGUCUCAAUGGCUAUCACGCUCCGGACUGGGCAGCGCCUCUUCGCUUGCGUAUUAUCGGAUCGGUCACGCGUGAGACUUACGGUCUUUUUUGUUUUCCGUCAAGGCAUUCACCCGCAUUGGGUUUAUCGCGCAUCCCCAACUCGCAAGCAUCUCACGACCCUUUGAGCGAAUCAGAUGUUUUGUGCAACCUCUUGAACAAAAAAACGCUGCCUGUCCCCGGUUGCGUCUCGAAUAGUUCGUUCAUGAAAGCACUCGACCCUACUGUGCUCUCAGCAUCAUCUGAUGUGGGAUCUAACAACUACGGCUUGCACCCGCGCGCUAUCAUUCGCAACAAAGUCAACGAUCUUUCACCAAACGUGCUCGGCCAGUCCAACUUCCUGCAAGCAACUCCGAUGGAGCUGCUGGAUUUACUCGACAGCCAUUCCAGUAUAUCAAAUUCGACGAAUUCAGGUCUGAUGAACCUCACAGAGCGCAUCGCCAGUCGGGACGUAUCACUUGCCAAUUCAUUAUCAUCUCAUCGGGCUGGCGAGCAAGAAAAUUGCAAACUGGAUACAACAUUGCGAACCCUAUCUACCAACCAGGUUCAUUCACCUUGGUCGGUUACGCAUCAUCGGUCUGUUUUGGGUGCUCUACCGGACGUUGGCCGCGCCUCCGAAGCACUAUGUCACAGCUGGCUAUCUGGAAGCUUAAAACGUUUGUCAAUCAAAACGCCUGUCAUCCCCAGUCCAGUUCUAACUGGCAUAGCCUCCCAGAGGGGCUGCCAAGCCCACAUAUGGUUAAAGUUGGAAAAUGUGCAACCUACUGGUUCUUUCAAGAUUCGCGGAAUGGAAAACGUUUGUCGUAAGUGGGCAUCGGCCGGCGUAACGCAUGUAGUUUGCCCAAGCGGCGGUAAUGCCGGCAUAGCCGCCGCAUAUUGUGCUCAGGCUUACGGAUUGACUUGCACCUUGGUCGUUCCAGAAACGAAUGAAUCGGUGAUCCGCCGUCGCUUAGCACUUGAGGCACCCGAAACUAGAAUCGUGGUUCACGGGGUUGAUUGGCUAGAGGCGAAUCAUCGAGCAGAACAAAUGGUGAACGAACUGCAGACUGGUCAUUCUAGUGACCAGAGUGUCCGUCUCCUACACCCAUACGACCAGCCAGAUUUAUGGGAAGGUUACGAGGCUGUCGUUGAUGAACUGACUCCGGAAAUCGGACAGCCCGAUGUCAUUGUAGUCGCGGUUGGUGGUGGUGGCCUCUUGGCUGGGAUUAUUCAGGGUUUGUGGAAUCGUGGUUGGUCGUCCACUCAUGUGGUCGCAAUCGAGACUGAAGGGGCUGAUUGUUUGUGGCGUUCAAUGAAGGCUGGUCAGUUGCUCUUGGUUCCACGAUCGACCAGCAUCGCAGCAUCACUUGUUGCGCCUGUAUUGGCUAACCGUAGCUGGAAUUUGGCACAGUUACAGUCGUUGACGCCCGCUACUUGCACUGACUCCGAGGCGCUAAACGCCGUGAAGCACUUUUUGGAUGACCACGGUAUGUUAGUCGAACCAGCAUCCGGCGCUGCUUUAUGUAGCAUAUACUCUGGAAUAAUCGGCCGUUUGCAAUUGGAGGGCCGGAUUCCUCGUCCUGCUAGUGUCGUCAUUAUUGUCGGUGGCGGUCGUAAUGUAUCACUUCGCCAGCUAGCGGACUGGGAAAACCAACUCAAUACAUUUUCUUCGGAAUCAUUACCCACAACAUUUCUGCCGUCUAUAACUAAUCCAUAUUUGACUCGCAGUUCGCCGCACUCAGUUUGUCCAGAACUGAUAUGCAAGCAAGCAACUGCCGAGUUUGGACAACCAAUGACACAAGAUCCUGACGAAACCCUCAAAAUUGUGUCGUCUGCCUCCUCAACCCCUCGGGCUACAUGUGCUGCUAUAAGCCAUGCUUCCACUUCCUUGGAUAGUACGGAUUUGACGGUGAACUCGGUAAUGGAGCGAAAUGUCACCGUAGAUGUUGCCGGUGCUCUGAAUCCCCAUGAUUUAGUCAAUUUCUCCAAGUUGCUUGCUCCAUCCGACGCGGAUGUGGAUGACAGUGGUUUGCGCGAGUAGGCGCAGUUCAGAUUUAUCCUUGGUUCUGCAGUUUUCUCGAUAUUUUAAUUUCUUUAUUUUGAUUAUGGGGUACAUUUUACGUGUUUUCUUCGUUUUUCAAUGUCUCGCCCCUCUUCAUCCUAUUCUCUAUACUUUUCAUUGAUCUGUUGACCUUUGUUCUGCAUACAACUUCCUCUUUAUCUGAAAGGUUUUCUUGCACACCUCGCGUGCUGCGUACCUUGUGGCAUUUUCACCAUUACUUGUUGCCUUGAUUCGCUCACAGUGAAUGUUUACCACGAGCUACUCUUAUUUGCGCCGUCGGUUGUAUUUCGUUUUUCUCACCCCUCCAAGGCGUCCGAUGGUUUUAUUCCAUCUCAGGUAGCCCUUCCAUUCGAACUUCAGUUACCUCUUGGCUCUUUCGGCGUAUGCGUGUCACGCUACAACGGAUGUUAUUUUGCUUGUUCCCAAUCCUCUGCUCUGUCUGUGUGCAUCAUCUUUCUUUACUCGAGGCCCUCGCAUUAUUAAAAAGGGAAUUUUUACAAAUGCAGAUCGGUAAGCAAAUUCUUGCAUAUCGGCAGCCGAGGCCAGUCCGAGCAGCUGCAAUCAGAAGACUACACAACCAUGGUUCCAUGCAAGAUCAAAUUUGCGCUUUGGAUGUGUUGUUAUACAUCCAUUUUGAGACAAGUGUGCAUUAAGGGAACCAACUCGUGAUCUAAACUGGCAAGAGAUUGGCGGCAAACCGAAUGCAUGGCUCCACAUUUAAUUGGAUGGAAACUCCCUGAUAUGCAUGUCGUUCCCGGUAUGCUUUUCCAUCACGAACCUCAUCACUUCAUGAAUGUGCUACCUGAGAAAGGAUUCGCUUUUAACAAAACCAUCAGACGCGUUGUUUACCCACCUCGCAAGUGUUGAGAGCGGGUAUAUUGAGGGCAAGCAGAUUUACUUCGUUGCCAUUUGCUUUAUGUAAUCUGGUCGCUGUUUUGGACGGUAUCUUGGCAGCUUCUGUUCACUGCUUGCACGACCACACUUACGAGGGGUGUCAAAUGACGGUGUAUUUGCAUUUGGUUCGUUUUCUUCAUCAUUGUACUUCUAACCUGUUCUCGUGUGUACUUGUUCACUUCCAUUCCGAUUAUGCUGCACUUGUGCCUUCUUUCUCCCUUUUGUAACCCGUCGUUUGUACUGUUCUGAUGUACACAACACGUAUUACUUUUUUAUUUAGUUAAAUUCAGAUUCUCCAUUUAUCUUUGGCCUACAGCGCGCUGUUCAUUGGCCUCUUUUGAGACUACGGGUCUGUUUUUUGCUUGUUCGUUUUUUUCCUAGCGCACUUGGUUUUAUUACCAUUUACUUAAAUUGCUAUUUACCUCUGCUUUGCAUUGUUUUUUAUUUUUACUAUAAACGUGUGUUGCUGACUUUGG